GUCACAUUUCUGAGCAGCUGUGUGGGUACAAGCGGUGGGGGACUGACAGUAUAAAGGAGAAACCUGCCUUCCCCGACCUGGUGGCCAUAACUGGAGAGCGACACCAGCUUCCCUGGAGAAGGCCUAGAUGUGUUCCCAUCUUUUCCCUCAUAAUUUUCAUCUCAGCAUUUUUACUCUGUAUGCCGAGGUAUUGCUUCCAGUCGGGUUUAGCACAGAGGGUUUUAAGCAGAUGAAGAAACUGAGACCCAAAGAGAGACAGUAACUUGUCCAGGGCUACCUCCAACAUGCAGACCCCUGCCAUGCUGUGUCUGCUGCUUGUGUGCACGGGCCUCCCGGAAGCGCUGCAGGCCCAUAGCCACCCCAUCUCUCGACGAGACCUGUUCUCUCAAGAACUGCCCCUGGACAUGGCCCCAGCCUCCUUUGAUGACCAGUAUGAAGGCUGUGCAGCAGCCAUGACAGCAGCUCUCCCAGAUCUCAACCAAACUGAGUUCCAGGCCAACAAAGUGUACGCGGAUGGCUGGGUGCAGGCAAGCAGCCAAUGGCAGGACCGCCAGGCCUGGGGGCCAGAGUGGGUCCUGAGCCCUACUGGGUUGCCCCCGCCACCCCCUGGCUUCCGCGAUGAGCAUGGGGUGGCCCUCCUGGCCUACACCGCCAACAGCCCCCUGCACAAGCAGUUCAAUGCCGCCGUGCGUGAGGCAGGCCGCUCCAGAGCCUACUACCUCCACCACUUCUCCUUCAAGACACUCCAUUUCCUGCUGACCGAAGCCAUACAGCUGCUGGGCAGGGGCCAGCGUUCACCCCAGUGCCACCAAGUGUUCCGAGGGGUGCACGGCCUGCGCUUCCGGCCGGCGGGGCCCGGGGCAACCGUCAGGCUGGGGGGUUUUGCCUCCGCGUCCCUAAAGAAUGUUGCAGCCCAGCAAUUUGGGGAGGACACCUUCUUUGGCAUCUGGACCUGCCUUGGGGCACCUAUCAAGGGCUACUCCUUCUUCCCUGGGGAGGAGGAGGUGCUGAUCCCCCCCUUCGAGACCUUCCAGGUGAUCAACGCCAGCAGACCGGCCCAGGGCCCCGCCCGCAUCUACCUCAGGGCCCUGGGCAAGCACAGCACCUACAACUGCGAGUACAUCAAAGACAAGCAGUGCAAGUCCAGGUCCUGCCCUCUUGGUAACUCAGCCAUGGGUCAAGGCCCCUCUUCUUCAGUCUGGUCCCUCCUACUGCCAGUCUGGUUCCUUGUCAGGGGAACCUUUCCAUAGAGUCCAGACCUGCCAUGAUCCAUCUGACACUGAACAGCCCCUCCUGGCCAUCGCGCUGCCUCAGCCCGACAUGGGGAUGUCGGCCCUCUAUGUGCUUUAAGAGCAGCCAGGAUCCAUGGUGACCCUCUGCAGAGAACUCUGGGACUUUCUCUGGCAGCUGCCAGGUUUGCUGAUGGAGAAUUAAGGGAAUCUGGGGACUGAGCCUUCCCCAAGGCUUUAAGAGUGAGACAUUGAAAGGGGGCAGUGGUCUCUAAGGGCAGGCAACUACUCAUUUGGAGACUGAUGAUGAAACUAGUUUGAGGAGGGAUUGGGGAGGAAAACACUUGGCCACGGUAUUUGCUGGUAUUACUCGAAUGGCUCACAUAUGCACCUGGAAAGCUCCCAUUCACUCUUCCAGGAAGCUUUCUCGGACCUCCCCCAGCUGGUUGGGCUAGGGCCCCUGCCUCUUUGCUCCCAUGGGUCCCUGGCUGCUUCCCUACACCACGUGUCAGUGUUUGUCUCCCAUGUCAGUCUGGGAGCUUCCUGAGGGCAGGGACUGGGUCUAAAGCACAGGGGUGGUGCCAGACAGACAACAUGUGACAGUCGGAAAGGAACAAACCCCUCAUGAAUGCCUCACUGCUGCACUGCCCCACCUUGGUCACUUUGAAGCUUUCUGAAUGUCAGUGUGUGGGAAUGAUGUGGACGGGCUCCAGCUCCAGAGGGCAGAGAGCAGGACAGACAGCAGAGACAGCAUCAGGUCCACUGCCAGGGUCUCAGCUGAAGACUCAGUUGAAUUCUUGUCAGCAAAGACAUAAUCUCUGCCGUGAUCUAUUUGUCCUAAGGCUCCUGUCUCUAGAGACACAAACCUGGACCCCUACCUUCCACUGCCACAGGCCCCAAGGUAAAACAGCAUGAAGAGGUGUGAGGCACACACUUUAUUGUAAGUUGAGGCUUUGGGGCUGAAUCCUCAUGUGGCCUCCUCUGGAAACGAGAGAAUGAAUCCUGGAUCCCCUUCCCUGAGUCCUUCCUAACAUAGCAGCCACGGAGGAAGGAAGAGAAGACAAGGAAGUAUGGUCGUUCUGUUUCUCAUGUAACCUGCACUCUCGCCACCAAAAACUCUAACAUGCAGCAUCGAAAUUCAAUUCUGCUCCUCCAGGACUGUGUUUCGAUCUUGGCCCUUCUUAGAGUGCCCCUUCUGUAGGAAUUAGGGCAGUGGCAAGCUAUGGCUUCCCUUAAAGUUUAGGGUAUAUAGACAAGCGAUUCCCUGUGGUUUGUGAAAUCAGCAGUGCUCAGCCUGGAGGGAGAGUGUCACCAGCUCUUAGGCACAGUGGGGAGAAACUAGGUGGCCUAGCAGAGAGCCAACCACCACCUGGCCUUUCCGUCCCUCUCUGGAGGGGCUGUGGCUGCACCAGACCCCUGGAACUCAGAGGGCCUGCACCAGCACCAGGAGGCUCAUGACCAGGGCCAUGGAGAAGAAGAUGCCCAAGAAGAAGCGAUCCAUCACACGGGCCAGUCGUUUCCAGUCUUCAUGGCGGCGCUGGGCAGCCCUGUGGCUGUGGAAGGUGUUAGCAAUGGUAGAUACGUGGCGCAGGAGGGCUUCCUGACGGCACAGACACUGUGGCUCACGGCAAGGAACUGCUGGAGGGCGAGCACCUCCGUCAGGAGGCUGGGGACUGGGGGGUGACUCAGGUGGUCUAGACUGCCCACAGGCCUCCCCUCGUUCCCGCACGCACAGGCCUCGUGCCAGGCGUCCCAGCAGGAGGGCCCGAGCCCAGGCUGGCACUGGUCGGGCGCUGGGACCACAGUAGUGCAGGUUCAUGAUAAGGAUGGUGAGCGCUGUGGAGAAUGUGACCAUGGUCAUGGUGGCCAUGUAGUACUUCCCUGCAAGAAAGAGAGUAAUCUGGGGCCCAAAACAAGAACUCAGGGGGCUGAGCUUGACCACCGCCUCAACACAAACAAGCACCAGCUCACCCACCCUGAGGCUUUCAGGACCCUCCAGUCCCAAUGGAUGGAACCAGGAAGGAGGUAAGGUCCAAGAUCUCUUCAUCCCCUGUUCUUACAAGUGGGUUCUCAGAAGCUACUUGCUCCCUAAUUGUUCUCACUGCUGGACCCUGCACUCCCCCACAGACCGUGACAGUCACUCUCAAAUGGUACGAGCACAAUCUGGGGGUAAGUUACUGAUCCUUUUGCACAACUGGGAUAACAGAACCUACCUCAUAGAUGUGUCGUGAUGCCUCUCUGAGUUAAUAAAAAAAAAAUGGCACGUGCUUAG